GAUGGAGGCCUCCUGCUUGGAGCUAGCACUAGAGGGUGAGCGCUUGUGCAAGGCCGGAGAUUUCAAAGCUGGAGCCGCUUUCUUUGAAGCAGCUGUCCAGGUUGGGACUGAAGAUCUAAAGACACUUAGUGCCAUCUACAGUCAGCUGGGGAAUGCAUACUUCUACCUGAAGGAGUACUCUAAAGCUCUUGAGUAUCAUAAACAUGACUUGACCCUGGCCAGGUCCAUCGGCGAUCGUAUUGGAGAAGCCAAAGCCAGCGGGAACCUGGGCAAUACCCUUAAGGUCCUUGGACAGUAUGAUGAGGCCAUCGCCUUUGUGUCUAUGUGCCACCUCAGCAUGGACAAGUUGAAGAGGCUUGAUUGA